GACCAUCUUAUCCUCUCUCUCUCUCUGAAUAUCUAGCCGCAAUGUAGUCCAUGAACCACAAAAAAGAUCAGAUCUUUGCACGUCUCUGUCAAUAACAACUACUACUAUAUAGUAUGUACUACUUGUGUUGUGAAGCAUAGAAAAAAAGACCGACCCUAAUUUAUACACGCACACAUAUUAACAUAUAUAGUAUAGUGCAUAUAAAACGUAGGGUUUAAAGUCUUCUCUUCUCCUCUGGGGCUAUCAUAUCGACAAUGGCUUCUCUUCUAACGAAGCCUAAGCCCGUUUUCCUCUGUUCAUCUCCACGAACUCUAAACACUUCAACACCGCCGUCGUUGAAUUUCACAAGAAUCUCAUUCACCCACCACCAAAAGCUUGCUCCUUUCAAGCUCCCUAGUCUCGUUGCCGCAUUCUCUGAAAAGGGUCUGAAGAGAGAUGUCUCCUCGGGUGCUGCAGCAACGGAAGCGGCGGCGGAGGGAGAUUACAGGAGGAUAAUGCUAUCAGAUGUGUUGGUGAAGAAGAAGGAGAAAGUACAUUGGUGGGAGAGGGAGUGGAAAGCUAUGGACUUUGGAGCUGUUGCUGUUGUUUUGUCUAUGCAUUUGCUUAGUCUCUUGGCUCCGUUUCAGUUCAAUUGGAGAGCUGUUUCCGUUGCUUUUGGGCUUUAUAUCGUUACAGGUCUUCUGGGUAUUACUUUGUCUUUCCAUAGGAAUCUUUCUCAUAAAGCCUUCAAGCUUCCCAAGUGGCUUGAGUACUUGUUUGCUUAUUGUGGUGCACAAGCUCUUCAGGGGAACCCAAUUGAUUGGGUGAGUACACAUAGGUACCAUCAUCAGUUCUGUGAUUCAGACAGAGAUCCUCAUAGCCCACUUGAUGGAUUCUGGUUCAGUCACAUGAAUUGGAUGUUUGAUACCAACACAAUCACGGAAAGGUGUGGAGAGCCUAACAAUGUUGGGGAUUUGGAGAAGCAGCCAUUUUAUCAAUUCCUUCGAAACACCUACAUUUUUCAUCCGGUGGCUCUAGCGGUUGCUCUAUAUGCAAUGGGUGGCUUUCCAUUCAUUGUUUGGGGAAUGGGUGUAAGAAUAGUAUGGGUAUAUCAUAUAACUUGGCUAGUGAACUCAGCUUGUCAUGUAUGGGGGAGCCAAGCAUGGAACACCGGUGAUUUGUCUAAGAACAACUGGUGGGUCGCAGCUCUAGCUUUCGGGGAAGGAUGGCACAACAAUCACCAUGCUUUUGAGUUCUCAGCACGACACGGCUUAGAAUGGUGGCAACUUGAUAUUACUUGGUACGUCGUUAGGUUUCUCCAAGCCAUCGGUUUAGCAACUGAUGUCAAGCUCCCAUCGGAAGCUCAGAAAAGAAGAAUGGCGUUGACCAGCGACUGAUCUUGAAACUGCGGAACUAGAACUGUUGGUACAAUUGAAGCUAUGAAGAUUAAGAAAAAGGGUUUUGUGCUUCUUUUUUUUGUGUGUUUACAUCAAGGUAUAUAUAUAUAUCUGUGCAAGAGAUUGUAUGUGAAAAACUGAUUAUGAAUUUUAUA